UCUCUCUCUCUCUCUCUCUCUCUCUCUCUCUCUCUUUGUUCUCCUACUCUUUCCUGUUCGUUUGCAGCUGCUGAUCGAGUGAAGCAGGUCAUGGAAGAUGUUGAUACAAAUGUGAAAGCAUUCAAGGAGCGGCAAAGAAAGAUAUUCAAUCAGCUACUUCACGAUGAGCAAGUCCUCGCGGAGGCUAUCCAGUCCAUGGAAAAGAAAGUCGAGGCAUGGGAGCGGCAGUCUGUUGCGCAGCCUACGGCUGUUCUCAAGGCCGGGGGCGCUUCGGCAGGCCGCAGGCCUCGGGUUGCCGUGGCGACAGGCGCUGCUGGAGGUGAUGGCUCUGUGCCACCUGCAGUCAGUGAAUUUGAGCGAUUCCUGCAACAGACAGGAGGUCAUGAGGGUGGAUGGGAUGACAUUGACCACCAAGGAUUUUUGAACCUGAGGCAAAAAUUCAAGGGCAAGGAAAACUUCAAUGACAUGCUUUCGGCAAGAAUACCAGGACGUUCACCAGCGGAAGUUGCUCGUCACGAAAGCUGGUACGCUGAAUAUGAAAUACUGCUAGAAAGGAAGAAGGAUGCCAUCAAGAAGUGGAAACAAGGCCGAAAGGCAGAGAUGGCUAGCUUAUUAUCAAAGGAGCGAGAGGCAGAGGAGGAUGAGGAGGAUCGUGACGAAGCUGAUGCAAAGGAAGAAGAGCUGAGGAGACAACAAGCCCAGGCCGAGCAGCAGGAGAAAAAGGAACGCGUUAGGAGAUGGAAGACGGAGCAGAAAGAAUUGAUGGAGUUGGAGCAGCAGAUAUCGCUGGAGAAGGGGCGGAAGGAAGCGGUGGAGCGAGCGCGUCGAUUGAAAUCCGAGCGUGUUGAGCAAUCCAAGCGGUUAUCGGCGUACAAGCAGCAACAGCUGGAAGAGAAGGCACUCCGGACUGACAUGGACAUGCUGCAGAAGCAGGAAGAGGCCGAGCGCCGGCGAUUAGCCACACAGCAGCUGGGCAAGUUUCAAGAGCGGGAUCGACAUGCACUGGACGAGCGCAAGUCUAAGCAGCUGGACAAGGAGCGAGCGGAUCAGGAGAGGGAAGAGCGGCUGAGCCAGCUGAAAAGCCAGGUACAGGUGAAUGUUGAGCGUGAUCCAUCUCGUCUCACCAAGAUGACGGCAGGCUGGGAGGAACGACGCAGGCAGACCGUGGAGCAACGCAAUCGCGACACGACCGGCCCCCUUUUGUCCAUGCCCCAUAGAGCUGUACCAACUUGGCGGCAAGGCCUAUGAAGUAUGAUGAUAUCCUCAUCCUGACAUCCUGAUAUCCUGACCUGCUUUGUUGGACCUUCCGGCUCGCGUCACCACGGCCGCAGUUUUGAGAGCUGAAACGUCUAUGACCUGCUCAGCCUUCCCCAAAGUCGGUCAUCGUACGCUUUGCUUGUGUUUCCAGCUUGAUAUGGCCAGUCACAUGAUGUGUGUUUCACGGUGUGUGUGUGUGUGUGUGUGUGUGUGUGUGUGUGUGUGUGUGUGUGUGUGUGUGUGUGUGUGUUGUGUGCUUGAAUAUGCAUAAUGUCGGCUUGAAUCAUGGACUGCGCGCUUUAUCACCAGUUCCGAUGAUGCCGAUUGUCAUACUGACUACUUUCAAGCUGUGAUCCGGCUCAUGAUCUAUGAUUAUUAGUCUAUAUAGUAUAUACUGACUCAUUCGGACGACUGUUUCAGCGACCGAGUUGAUCUUCAGAGUUCUAUUAUUCCAUUCUCCGUGUCGAAUUCACUUCAAGUAUAGUUAGCCGCGAGGAGCCGGACUCCCUUCGUGCCUAUUGAUAACAAAAAAAAGUUAUUUUAAUUCA